AUGGCGAUGCUACGGCCUGCACUGCGGCUGGGCCUUCUAAGCGCUGUGUCUAGCCGCCACCAGAGCUCGGUGCGUCUGGCGGGCGCUGUGGGACUCUUUGCAGGCGGGCUAACGGCUGCGAACGCCUCGUUUCCAGCGACGUACUGCCGCCACGCGCAAGUUCACGAGAAGCCGCCGGUGCUGCAUGCCUCUGGCCUCGCCAUUCUUCCGGUCGCAACAAGCGUUUGGGCGCGGAUCGCGCGCAUCCUGCGCUUGCUCUUCCACUGCGGGCGCCUCGUCCUCCUGGGCACGCCGCUGCUGGUGACGUACCCCGUAGCGCGCGUCUGCAAGGCCGACUUGCCCGACUGGUGGUGGCGCCUCGCGCUCUGGUCUGGCGGUCGGUCCAGCCCUGCGAUCAUCAAGUUUCUCCAAUGGGCGAGCACGCGCCGCGACCUCUUCUCGGUCAAGUUUUGCGACACGUUCAUGGCCUUCCACUCGCACGUGCAGACGCACGAGUGGGCGUUCACCGAGGCGAUCUUGCGCGAUGCGUUUGGCCCGAACUGGUCGGAGCACUUGUCGCUCGAGCGCGAGCCAAUCGGGUCCGGUGUCAUAGCCCAGGUUUACCGCGGAGAGCGCGUCGCGACGGGCGAGCGCAUCGCUGUCAAGGUCAUUCACCCACACAUUCAGGACCUUGUCGCGCUGGACCUCGAGCUGCUCUGGCUCGCAGCGCGGGCGAUUGACUGUGUGCUGCCGAACCUCUCGGCCAAGGUCGGCAUGGUGUCCUUUGCCCAGGUCAUGUCGAGUCAGCUCGAUUUCCGCAUCGAAGGCCGCAACCUCGCGACGUUUCGAGAGCACUUUGCGAACCGCAAAAAGGUGGCGUUUCCUGAACCCGACUUGGCGUGGACGACCGAGAACGUGCUCGUCGAGAGCUUCGUCGACGGCGUGCACAUCAUGGAGCACGUGACAGCGCAGCGAAGCUACGACCGACCACUGGCGUCGGUUACGAUCGACGCAUUUCUCCGCAUGCUCUUUUUGGACAACUUUGCGCACGGCGACAUUCACCCGGGCAACAUCCUCGUUACGGUCGAUGGGAUCGCGCUUCUCGACGCCGGCAUUGUCAACGUCCUCGGUGGCUCCGACUACGACGACUUUGUGGAGCUCUUCCACGCGAUCGUCAACAAGAAUGGGUAUGAAGCCGGGCAGAUCCUUCUGGCGAAGAGCCCGCGCCACCACUGCGUCGACCAGGACGCGUUCUGUUGCGGCAUCAAGUCGAUCGUCGACCGAGCGACGGCCAACUUGAGUUUGAAAGACGUGCCCGUCGGCGACCUGCUCACCGAAGUGCUCGAGCUCUGUGGAACCCACCACGUCGCGCUCCAAGGCCGGUUCGUCUCGGUCGUCGUCUCGAUCGGCGUUCUCGAGGGCGUCGGGCGGCUCUUGGACCCGGAGCUCGACUUGCUUCAGGUUGCACUGCCGAUCCUCGUUCAAGCCAAACUCCAACGCAUGAAGGCUGUCGCGUUCGCCUAA